AUGGGGUUCAACAUCGCGUUACCACACCCUAUCAUCCGCAGACCAGUGAACAGGUUGAAAUCUCUAACCGGGAGAUCAAAUCCAUUUUGGAAUGAUCAUGCUAGCCCAGAAGACAUACCCGAACCGGAAUACGUACCCCCUCCUCCUAGGCCUCCGUCAGUACCGUUUCCGUCUUGCCUGAGGAAGCAUAACGAAGACAGCCAAUUUGCUAAAUUCGCUGAGAUGCUAAAGAAACUCGAGGUAACCAUGCCCUUUACUGAAGCUAUUUUACAGAUUCCCUCGUAUACCAAGUUUUUGAAGGACAUCCUGACCAAGAAAAGAGUCGUCGAGAAAGAGACUGUAGCUCUCACUGUAGAGUGUAGUGCGUUGAUACAACACGAGUUACCACCCAAGCGCUCCGACCCAGGUAGUUUUUCAAUCCCUUGUACGCUAGGUAACGUCUACAUCGAUAGUGCUUUGUGUGAUUUAGGUUCCAGUUCCGAAGCACCUUGGUACGCCGACUUUGUCAAUUACCUGGUUAGUGGUCUCCUUCCUCCUGAGUUAAAUUACAACGGGAGAAAGAAAUUUCUCCAUGACGUUCGUGAUUUUUUCUGGGACGAGCCUUUCUUAUUCAAGCGCGGCAAAGACGGACUGUUCAGACGUUGUAUACCCGAGGACGAAUCUUGUGAUGCAUGCCAGCGCACCGGUAACAUUUCCCGACGUCAUGAGAUGCCUCAACAGUUCAUACUGGAAGUCGAACCUUUUGAUGUCUGGGGGAUCGAUUUUAAGGGCCCGUUCCCUUCCUCUUGUGGGAACCUCUACAUAUUGGUUGUCGUCGAUUAUGUGAGCAAAUGGGUCGAAGCGAUUGCCAGCCCAACAAACGACUCUAAAGUUGUUUCACGAAUGCUUCAGAGAAUCAUUUUCCCUCGUUUUGGCGUAUCGCGUGUUCUAAUCAGCGAUGGAGAAACCCACUUUGUGAACCGAAUCAUUGACACUUUACUGAAGAAGUAUGGGGUUCAACAUCGCGUUACCACACCCUAUCAUCCGCAGACCAGUGAACAGGUUGAAAUCUCUAACCGGGAGAUCAAAUCCAUUUUAGGAAUCGAAGUCGACAGAGCCAAAAUCGAAGUAAUCGAGAAACUGCCUCCACCUUGCAAUGUCAAAAGCAUCCGCAGUUUCCUCGGCCAUGCGGGUUUCUACCGGCGAUUCAUUAAGGACUUCUCAAAGAUCUCCAAACCCCUCACUGACCUUCUCUGCAAGGAAGCUACAUUCGAUUAUACAGCUGACUGCGACGUUGAAUUCCAGACCUUGAAGACAGCCCUGACAUCUGCUCCCAUCAUUCAACCGCCAGAUUGGGAUCUACCAUUUGAGAUCAUGUGUGACGCCAGUGAUUAUGCCGUUGGCGCAGUUCUUGGACAGCGAAAGGAUAAGAAACUCCAUGCCAUUUAUUACGCAAGCCGAACUCUGGAUGAUGCUCAGACGAACUACACCACGACAGAGAAAGAAAUGCUUGCCAUUGUCUUCGCGUUCGAGAAAUUCCGAUCAUAUCUCAUCGGCUCCAAAGUGAUCGUUUACACAGACCACGCUGCACUCAGGUAUCUCCUGUCUAAGAAAGAUGUUAAACCACGUCUUAUCCGUUGGACACUACUUUUACAAGAGUUUGACUUGGAGAUCCGAGAUCGAAAGGGAACAAAAAACAGUGUUGCUGAUCACCUAUCGAGACUACAGAUUCCCGAAUCAAUCCCGAUCGACGAUGCACUUCGGAACGAGCAGAUCAUGGCCAUAUCCGUCCAGUCCGAAGCACCUUGGUACGCCGACUUUGUCAAUUACCUGGUUAGUGGUCUCCUUCCUCCUGAGUUAAAUUACAACGGGAGAAAGAAAUUUAUCCAUGAAGUUCGUGAUUUUUUCUGGGACGAGCCUUUCUUAUUCAAGCGCGGCAAAGACGGACUGUUCAGACGUUGUAUACCCGAGGACGAAGUUCAGCGAGUGAUUUUUCAUUGCCACUCUUCAGACUAUGCCGGUCAUUUCGCUAGUUCGAAGACGGCCUCCAAGAUCCUCCAAGCAGGUCGCCUUACCAUGAAAAUUGGUGACGAGACGGUGGAAUUCACUCUAGACAAAACCCUCAAGCAACCGUCAUCUACAGAAUCUGCUUGUUUCAUUGAUAUCCUGGGACCUCUAGCCGAAAAGAUUCAUCUUGAAGAUGAGACGAAAACUUCCAUUGAACAUCAACGUCGCCUCAACCCAAAGCUUCAAGAGGUCGUCAAGAAAGAAGUUAUGAAGCUUCUAGACGCAGGUAUCAUCUUUUCUAUCUCCGAUACCUCUUGGGUUAGUCCUGUGCAGGUGGUACCAAAGAGAGGCGGGAUGACAGUCAUUAAAAACGAUCGGAACGAAUUAAUACCGACAAGGACUGUCACAGGAUGGCGUAUGUGCAUUGAUUACAGAAAACUUAAUGCCAAUACAAGGAAGGAUCAUUUUCCACUACCAUUCAUCGAUCAGAUGCUCGAGCGACUUGCUCUACAUUCAUACUUAUGCUUCCUCGAUGGGUACUCAGGUUUUUUUUUAAUCCCUAUACAUCCCUCUGAUCAGGAAAAGACUACUUUUACCUGCCCAUAUGGUACAUUUGCUUAUCGACGUAUGCCUUUUGGACUUUGUAACGCCCCUGGCACUUUUCAGCGUUGCAUGAUGGCUAUCUUCUCGGAUGUCAUCGAGGACAUUAUGGAGGUGUUCAUGGAUGAUUUCUCUGUCCAUGGGCCCUCCUUUGAUGUGUGUCUGAUGAACCUUUCUCGAGUAUUAGACAGAUGCUCACAGGCUAAUUUUGUACUCAACUGGGAGAAAUGCCACUUUAUGGUUCGUGAGGGCAUCGUUCUGGGACACAAAAUUUCAGAAAGAGGAAUCGAAGCCGACAGAGCCAAGAUCGAAGUAAUCGAGAAACUGCCUCCACCUUGCAAUGUCAAAAGCAUCCGCAGUUUCCUCGGCCAUGCGGGUUUCUACCGGCGAUUCAUUAAGGACUUCUCAAAGAUCUCCAAACCCCUCACUGACCUUCUCUGCAAGGAAGCUACAUUCGAUUAUACAGCUGACUGCGACGUUGCAUUCCAGACCUUGAAGACAGCCCUGACAUCUGCUCCCAUCAUUCAACCGCCAGAUUGGGAUCUACCAUUUGAGAUCAUGUGUGACGCCAGUGAUUAUGCCGUUGUUGGCGCAGUUCUUGGACAGCGAAAGGAUAAGAAACUCUAUGCCAUUUAUUACGCAAGCCGAACUCUGGAUGAUGCUCAGACGAACUACACCACGACAGAGAAAGAAAUGCUUGCCAUUGUCUUCGCGUUCGAGAAAUUCCGAUCAUAUCUCAUCGGCUCCAAAGUGAUCGUUUACACAGACCACGCUGCACUCAGGUAUCUCCUGUCUAAGAAAGAUGCUAAACCACGUCUUAUCCGUUGGACACUACUUUUACAAGUGUUUGACUUAGAGAUCCGAGAUCGAAAGAGAACAGAAAACAGUGUUGCUGAUCACCUAUCGAGACUACAGAUUCCCGAAUCAAUCCCGAUCGACGAUUCACUUCGGGACGAGCAGAUCAUGGCCAUAUCCAUCCAGUCCGAAGCACCUUGGUACGCCGACUUUUUCAAUUACCUGGUUAGUGGUCUCCUUCCUCCUGAGUUAAAUUACAACGGGAGAAAGAAAUUUCUCCAUGACGUUCGUGAUUUUUUCUGGGACGAGCCUUUCUUAUUCAAGCGCGGCAAAGACGGACUGUUCAGACGUUGUAUACCCGAGGACGAAGUUCAGCGAGUGAUUUUUCAUUGUCACUCUUCAGACUAUGCCGGUCAUUUCGCUAGUUCGAAGACGGCCUCCAAGAUCCUCCAAGCAGGUUUCUAUUGGCCCUCUCUAUUUAACGAUGUUCAUCGGUUCGUUUCUUCUUGUGAUGCAUGCCAGCGCACCGGUAACAUUUUCCGACGUCAUCAGAUGCCUCAGCAGUUCAUCCUGGAAGUCGAACCUUUUGAUGUCUGGGGGAUCGAUUUUAAGGGCCCGUUCCCUUCCUCUUGUGGGAACCUCUACAUAUUGGUUGCCGUCGAUUAUGUGAGCAAAUGGGUCGAAGCGAUUGCCAGCCCAACAAACGACUCUAAAGUUGUUUCACGAAUGCUUCAGAGAAUCAUUUUCCCUCGUUUUGGCGUACCGCGUGUUCUAAUCAGCGAUGGAGGAACCCACUUUGUGAACCGAAUCAUUGACACUUUACUGAAGAAGUAUGGGGUUCAACAUCGCGUUACCACACCCUAUCAUCCGCAGACCAGUGGACAAGUUGAAAUCUCUAACCGGGAGAUCAAAUCCAUUUUGGAAAAAACUGGUUCCCGCUCCCGCAAUAACUGGUCCCAAAAACUCGAUGACGCGCUCUGGGCAUAUAGAACUGCUUUCAAAACCCCGAUCGGCAUGACCCCGUUUCAGCUGGUAUACGUAAAGCUUGUCAUCUGCCAGUCGAAUUGGAACAUAAGGCGUUAUGGGCUAUCAAGGCACUGA